AGACGCUAUUCUCUCUCUCUCUCUCUAAUCAUGCCUUCUUCGAUGGCGUUGCUGAUCCUCCGACGCAACCUCCAUGGCCGAACCUCCUCCCUCCUCCUCCGCGCGAGGCUCUUCUCCCAUUCGCCGGCGGCGGCGGCGGCUGCUGCGAAGCAGCGGGCCUCGAAGCCGAAGCCCGUCGAGAAGAUACUGGUCGCGAACCGGGGCGAGAUAGCUUGCAGGAUCAUGAGGACGGCGAGGAGGCUGGGGAUCCGGACCGUCGCCGUUUACAGCGACGCCGACGCCGGCGCUCUCCACGUCAGGUCCGCCGACGAGGCCGUCCGCAUCGGCCCCGCUCCGGCUCGCCUCAGCUACCUCGGUGGAGCGUCCAUCGUCGAGGCCGCUCUUCGCACCGGUGCUCAGGCUAUCCACCCUGGAUAUGGUUUUCUGUCAGAGUCAGCUGAAUUUGCUCAGCUCUGUGAAGAAAAUGGCCUCACUUUUAUUGGUCCUCCUGCAUCAGCUAUUAGAGACAUGGGUGACAAAAGUGCAUCAAAAAAGAUAAUGGGUUCUGCUGGGGUUCCGCUUGUGCCUGGGUAUCAUGGUGAUGAACAGGACAUUGACUUUAUGAGGUCGGAAGCAGAGAAGAUCGGUUAUCCCAUUUUGAUAAAACCAACACAUGGAGGUGGGGGGAAGGGUAUGAGGAUUGUUCAAAGUGCAAAUGAAUUCGUCGAGUCCUUCUUAGGAGCACAACGUGAGGCUGCUGCUUCUUUUGGCGUAGACAAGAUCUUACUGGAGAAAUAUAUCACAAGGCCAAGACAUAUAGAAGUCCAGAUAUUUGGAGACAAGUACGGGAACAUACUCCACUUAAAUGAGAGAGAUUGCAGUGUACAAAGAAGACAUCAGAAGAUUAUUGAAGAAGCUCCUGCUCCAAAUGUCUCUAGUGACUUCCGCGCCCACUUGGGUCAAGCUGCUGUUUCCGCAGCCAAGGCAGUAAAUUAUCACAAUGCUGGCACUGUGGAGUUCAUAGUUGAUACUGCUUCUGGCCAAUUUUACUUCAUGGAGAUGAAUACCCGUCUACAGGUUGAGCAUCCUGUGACCGAGAUGAUUGUCGGUCAAGACCUUGUUGAGUGGCAAAUUCGUGUUGCCAACGGUGAACCCCUUCCCAUUGAUCAGUCAGAGGUUCCAUUGUUAGGUCAUGCAUUUGAAGCCAGAAUAUAUGCUGAAAAUGUUCCUAAAGGAUUUCUUCCAGCGACUGGAGUCCUUCAUCACUAUCGUCCUGUUCCAGGCACAUCAAGUGCAGUGAGGGUCGAUACUGGAGUUGAAAAAGGAGAUGCUGUUAGCAUGCAUUAUGAUCCUAUGAUUGCGAAGCUUGUUGUAUGGGGAGAAAGCCGGAGUGCAGCGCUGGUUAAACUGAAGGAUAGCUUGUCAAAGUUUCAGGUUGCAGGCCUUCCAACCAAUAUAAAUUUUCUCAGAAAGCUUGCUAAUCAUUGGGCAUUUGAGGAUGGAAAUGUGGAAACUCAUUUCAUCGAGAACUUUAAAGAUGACCUCUUUGAUGACUCCUGUCAUGAAAAAGAGGCAUAUGAGGAGGCUAUAUAUGGUGCAGCCCUGGUUGCUGCGUGCAUUUGCAAUAAGGAACAUUCAAAUUUUAGAGAAGGAGGCAAUGGAUUAAACUCCAUAUGGUAUGGUAAUCCCCCUUUUCGAGUCAAUCACUGUGCGAAGCGUGUCUUUGAAUUUCAGUGGGAUAACGAUUAUAAUGGCACUGGCUCAAAACCGCUGGUGAUUUCUCUUACUUAUGAGGCUGAUGGGCAAUAUGAUAUCGAGGUAGAAGGAGAAGGUAAUUCCUUGGGCUUUCAUGUCAAAGCGACAUGCCUAGGCAACCAUGAUUUUAGAGUUGAAUUCGAUGGUGUCAAUGUUCAAGUUAGUUUAGCGACUUACGAGAAGGAUUUGGAUAAGCAUAUUCAUAUCUGGCACGGGUCUAAACAUCAUCAUUUCAGACAGAAACUGGGACAACCAUUGUUUGACGACGACGACAGCCAGCACAAACCCAGUUUUGAGACGGCAUCACAUCCACAGGGAACGGUAGUGGCACCAAUGGCAGGGUUAGUGGUUAAGGUCCUGGCGAAGGAUGGGAUGCGAGUGGAGGAAGGUCAACCUAUAUUGGUUUUAGAAGCAAUGAAAAUGGAGCAUGUUGUCAAAGCACAGUCUGCUGGGCACGUUCAUGGGCUUGCCGUAACUGCUGGUCAACAGGUUCCUGACGGUAGUGUUCUCUUCAGCAUCAAGGAAUAGCAUUCAGAGCAGAAGGAAUAAUUCAAAACGAACAAAUCAGUGCACGUGACAAAUUGUUACGACGACAGUGAUCGUCUGUGGCUUAGCGGCAUCGCUGCUGGUUAAAUAAGGAGAUGGUGCUCGUUUUCGACGAGGAGUGGAAGUGCUCGGUGGAACAGGAGAGGUUAGGAGGGUGGUCACUCAAUGCCGGCGGGGAAAGGUGGUCAAUUAAAUGUAUCAAACUCUAUUUGUUACAUUGUAUAUUUACGGAGCCAAAUGCGCAAAUUCUGCUCUCGUUUGUUGGUGGAAUUGAUGGGACCUGUAAAACAUGUAACAUUGUUGGGGAUUCAUUAGCGGAUGUUUCAUACAUCAGAUGGCUUUCGGCCUA